AUGCACUCACGCACCGCCACUCGCUUCUUCUUAGGGGUCUACGCUCUCUUCCACGCCACUACAGUCCAGGCGGAUCCUCAAUGCGCCAUUGAUCCAAAGUCGAUCGUGACAGACGCGUGCACUAGCUAUGCUGCUUUGGACACCUUGAAUGCAGACAUCGCUCCUUCGCUACACGACCUCACCGAAGCCACAGAUUUCUUUUCUUACUAUCGCCUCAACUUGUUCCAGAAAACCUGUCCGUUCUGGGCGGACGAAUCGGCUCAGUGUGGCAACCGAGCGUGUGUGGUAGAUACGAUUGAGAAUGAGCAGGAUAUCCCAGAGAUAUGGCGGGCAGAAGAGCUGAGCAAACUAGAAGGCUUGAAAGCGAAGCAUCCCGGCCGACAACAACAAAAAGAGCGGCCAAAGCAGAGGCCUUUGCAAUACCAGCUGGGCGAAAAUGUUGACGAGUCAUGCGUACUUGAAGACGACGACGAAUGCGACACGCGAGACUACUGUGUACCGGAAGACGAGGGUGCAGCCGCGAAAGGGGAUUAUGUCUCGCUGGUACACAACCCGGAACGCUUCACAGGCUAUGCUGGAGAGAGCGCUCAGAUGGUCUGGAACGCCAUCUACAAGGAGAAUUGCUUCACCUCGCAAGCCCCUGCCGCUGCUCGCACCGCCAGCAACAAGGAUCUGGCUGCAAAGUCGUUACUCACUGUCUUCCAGGACUACAGCCGCAAUCAGCUGGACUCGUCAACAGAGGAGUCACUAGAUCUCUUCGAUCCGGCAAUCCUAGAUGAUCAAUGCGUUGAGCAACGCGCCUUCUACCGCAUCAUCUCCGGCAUGCACACCUCCAUUUCCACGCACCUCUGCUACGACUAUCUCAACCAGACCACAGGAGAAUGGUUCCACAACACAACCUGCUACCGCGAACGGCUCCACAAACACCCCGAACGCCUAUCAAACCUCUACUUCAACUACGCUCUCGUCACACGCGCGCUGGUUAAGCUUCGCCGCCACCUCGAGCACUACACCUUCUGCUCCGGAGACCCCGAGCAGGACUUCAGCACCAAGCAGAAGGUCCUCCAACUGACCUCCACACUGGCCUCGUCGCCCACCACGUUCGAUGAGUCCCUUCUGUUCAAAACCGACCUAAGCCUCAAAGACGACUUCAAGAACCGCUUCCGUAAUGUCUCCCGCAUCAUGGACUGUGUUGGCUGCGAGCGCUGUCGGCUGUGGGGCAAAGUCCAGACGGCGGGAUACGGCGCAGCGCUGAAGAUUCUCUUCGAAUUCGACGAGACCAAGAACGGCGAGAACCCACAUCUCCGCCGGACUGAACUUGUCGCGCUGCACAGCCUCGAUGCACUGAAGUGGUUCCGCGCCGCAAUCGCCGAGGAGGACGCCCAGAAUGCUAAAGUGGCAACUGAUAAGAAGACCGUCACCCAAUCCGACCUCAAGCGCCAAGUCUCAUCCAAACCAGCAUUUAACGACGCAACCUUCCACGCCGAAGCCUCCCAAAGACCCAAACGACACAGAGACGAGCCCGAAACGCUGAAAGAAGCCUUCAUCGCCGAAUGGAACCUCGUCUGGCGCGCAUACAAAAUGGUGCUACGCUCAUGGUUUCAAAUGCCAGGCAAAUUAUUCAACAUUGGCGUCGGCGAGGCGAACCGUCUGUGGGCGUGGUUUAUAGGGUUGCCAGUACCACAGCGCAGUUGGGACGUCGAGUGGAUCCAAGUGCCGAGGAGAGAUGAGCUGUAG